ACGCACAUCUCGUUAUUUUCUCCCACCGAGGCACAAGCAGGAUGCAAAAUACUCCUCCAUUUUUAUUAUUUAGAAAUUGAAAGCAUUGUGUGACGCAUGCUGCCCUCGAGUGUUCUUCUUGUAAAUGUAUUAAGCUCGAUUAUUGUGGUCUACAUCGUUUUUACACUUUGUCGUGCACGAACAAGACCGAUCAACAUCAUUCUAUCAGCAACCUGUUAGCUGUUUGCCGUCGUGCAGACGAUCUCGUCUAACAAGGGCCGUAACUCAGCCAGCAUCCGGUGCUCACGUGACUUGCACAUCCUCCUUGCAUCUUUUUAUCGCAGAUUUUAUAGUAAACAGUUUACUUUCGUUUUUGAGAAUCCAAGAAGACUUUAUUUCCUUGUCAUCCGCCUCAUCGCCGGCAGGUUGUGGCAAAUCUCUCUCGAACUCUUUUUUUAGCUCCGUGAAAACGUUUGAUCCUUCAUGUGAAAACUAUUUUCGACUGUUGUGUUUUUCCUUGGCUUCGCAGCAUCCUGUCGGAACCGACAAAGCAGGAAUCCAUUACUUGCACUUCUUAAAAGCUUUCUUGAAACCAAAAGAAAUGGAGUUUAUGGCAUGGAUCAAGUUUGCAAGCUCUACAAUGGGUUUUCACUUGACCACUGACAGUCGUUAACCGUUGGCUUCACCUGUGAGUGUACGAGAAGACAACAGUGAUGUUAAAAACAUGGAACGAUUUCAUGAGCGCUGAGAGGUUACUCACGUGUGCUGCUUCUGUGGCUCAGAAAAAGUUGACUUCAAGAGUUGUAAGGAUGUCGCCGCAGUUGUGUGUGGAGAUUCCUGUAUUCUGGGACUCAACCUCCAGAGCUAUGUGAGCAGAAUUUUGAUGACGGUUUGUGCAAACCAAAUCUGACCAAGAUGAACGUAUCACAAAUGAGACCUCGACACCUGAUCCUCAAGAGGAAGUGCGACCAGCACGCGAGGCUGAACAACUUCACAGCAGAAGAGGGAGUUGUGUACUGUAACACCAGCUUCGAUGGCUUCAUCUGCUGGCCUGUGACCGAGGCCAACACUCUGGCUGUGCAUCCCUGCCCCAAGUCUGCUUACACCAGUGAAACAGACAACUCUAGCCGCAUGUGCUUCUCCAAUGGAUCGUGGGAUUCAUGGACCAAUUAUACAACAUGUACUGGCUCAGAAGAGGGAGGGGUGGAAGAUAGCCCAGCCCUCCAGGUUCUGUUUCUUGUGGGAUUUAGCUUGUCCACGCUGGCUCUGUUUGUGGCACUCACCAUUUUUCUUAGUUUCAGGAGUCUUCGGUGCCUGCGAAACAUCAUCCAUUGCCACCUCAUCGUCUCUUUUACCCUCAGCAACAUUACCUGGCUCAUCAUGAACAAUGCUCUGAUAGCGGAACACAGAUCAGGCUUACAGUGGCUGUGCAAGCUGAAGGUGACUCUCUACCGAUACCUCACCGCCACCAACUUCUUCUGGAUGUUCGUCGAGGGCUUGUACCUCUUCUCUAUGAUCGUCUGGGCCUUCUCGGCAAGCAAGAUCAAACAUUGGCAUUACAUCAUCGUCGGAUGGAUGCUGCCUGUGGUAUUUGUCGCGGUCUGGGUCAUCUUGAAGCUUCUGUAUGAUGAUACAAGUUUGUGCUGGCUGCCUCACAGUGACGCCGUGCUGGACUACAUCAUCCACAUCCCCAUCUGCAUCGUCCUGUUGUGCAAUGUGUUCUUUCUGGCAACGAUCAUCUGGGUUCUUGUUACCAAACUGAGAGCAUCCAACAGUCUAGAAACCCGCCAGUACAGAAAAGCUGUUCGCGCGACGGUGGUGUUGUUUCCUCUGCUGGGAUUGACCUACCUGCUCUUCUUCUACAUUCCUACCUCUCACAGACACCUGUACCAUGUCACCGCCUUCGUCAAUGCAGCGCUCCACUCGCUGCAGGGUCUCGUUGUGGCCAUAUUCUUUUGCUUUCUCAACGGAGAGGUGCAGGCUGUGUUGCGAAAAAAACUUUCUAACAUCCAGGAUAACCGCGGUCUCUUCACGCGCUACACCAAGUCGUCGUUCGUCGGCUCACCUGGACGAUCCAGCUUCCACGCCUUAUCCAUGACGACAUGCAAUGGCCGCCAGUCGCAGCCCGCCCGCAGCAAGCACUGCAACAGCGAAACCUCCGAGGUGUUCGCGUCCCCGGAAGAGGCAGCAGAGCAUAUGUUAUGAACACCAUUAGUGACGUCAUGUCCGGGGCCGGCUGGACGGGUGGGGAAAGUUGGGGGUGGGGGGGUGGGGUGGGGCAUAGUUAACUAUAGUCGUGAUCCGUCUUGAAGAGGAGGCCACUCAUAUUGCCUCGGCACACUCCCUGUGACGUCUUGCGCUUUCCGUUGUGUGUUCUUCCGGCUGCGCACUUGUUCUGAAGGGGGAUAACUCACCGUUCGCCCGGUGAUAACGCUGUCAGUUCAAGAACCAUCUGGGUUCACAAGACCAGAAUCUGAUUAAAUUGACGAGAAGGCUUGUCGCUUAAUCCGUCUGCGCGCCGUUCUAUGAUCUUGUUAUGAAUAGCAUGUGCACGUCAAACAAGUAAAGUAUUUUGAGAAGUUUUUGUCCAAUAAAUUAUUCACGCAUCAAAAAGUCACAUCUGAAACGAAAUGUACCUGAAGAUACACUAUAAACAGUAGUGUAGUCAAAGACCGUUAAAAUGUCUUCAUUUUGACAGAACAGAAGUUGUACUAAGUAAGAUUAUGUUCAGUGUGUGCAGACUUGCUCUCACGUGAGAAAGCUGCAAUUUUCUUACAGUGUGAAGGAGGAAGAAGGAAGGGAGAGGUUUGCCCUACCCCUCUUGUCUGCCUUUUCAUGAAUACCAUGAGAGGAAGAGUUUUCCAAGCUUCUUUCUGCAGAUUGGUGUCUUCGCGCCAGUCAACGUUUUAGCUAACUGAUAGCUUCAUAACAAAGUCUUUGCAACCAGCUUCUGCCUACUCAAACCUGAAAUAAUAUUUCACUGGACUGCGUGGCACCCCGACUUUAAAUGCAUUUCCUGCAUUCGAUAUUUACCUGACAUUAUCACCUAUACAACUACACAUAAGACAAAAUGCUUUGAAGAUAUAAAUCGAGGACCACAAGGCUCCGCUUAAAAGCACUGUUUGUGAUUCCCCUGCAUUGUUCAGAGACACGUGUGGUCAUUUGUUGGUGUCAGUGAUGCUGUUGUCCAUAGGAAUAUUUCCUGAACAUUCGUGCGCAUUUGACUUCAAGCUGUUUGUAUAUUUAAUCGACGUCCCUUCAUGUGUUUACGAUGACACUCAUUUGUCAACAGUGUAUGUCAAUUUCACAAUAUUUAAAUGCUUUUUUAAUGUAUUAAGGAACACAACAAAGAUCUACUGACACUAUAUGGAUUGUUAUCCGACAGUAUUGAAAUAUAUUGUCAUCGUUUUCACAACAGUAUUUCAUCACGAUUUAUGUUGAUGGAUGGUUGAUUUGUUGGUUUAUUUUCUUAAAGUCGUGAUUUUGAAUUGUUGAAGAAAGGACUUUUUUAGUAAGCAGGAGGAAGAUGAAGUACCUGAAGUAAAAUUCCAGUGGUCAUGAGAUGAUGUGUCUAAUCCAGAAAAAGAUAUUUAGGCCCUGGUUCGAGCUCUGAAAGACUCAAGCUGCUGGCCUUUUGCCACUGUGCCACCAAGAUUUGAUGUUUGCAGAUAAAAGACGGCUAAAGAUAUUUGGAGUGGUAAGAUUAAAUUUAUUUAUGUAAAAACAAUGAUCAUGUGCACAAUGUGUAGUAGCUGUUUACAUCCACCACUUCAUCUCUCUCUUUGCUGUUUUGUUGUUACAUCCGUUGAACUAUAAAUAAUCUACAGUAAAAUUGUGUUGACAUAUUUGUUUUAGUCAGCUAAGUAGAGAUAUUCUUCAUGUCAAGACUUAGGUGCGUGUACAACACAUUUUUCUCAUAAAUUAUUCAAAAGGUUUACCGCCUACUGUCCAUCUUGGUCUGUGUUAACAUUUCUCAAGUUGUAAUUUUGGUAUGUGCGAAAGUCCCAUUUACAGCUAUAGAUGUCGUUUACAACUUGCUUUUCUCUUAUAUUUCAUUACAACAUUUUGUCGAGAGUACUUCAUUUUUAAUGGUACAUGGUUGUCACUAGUAUUUGAAAUAAGAUAAUGUUUAAAAUAGUUCUGCUUUUGUUACAUUACUUGUUUGUUCUAGUGUUUCAUGAAGUGUAUAAUUUUGAGUGAAGAUGGUUUAUAGUAAGCAUUAUUUAUACUUCCCUCCCACCUUUAUUUUAUUCUUACUGUUUUGUUCUCAAAAUGGAAUGUUAAAUUAAUAAAUGUAUAACGCGGU